UUCAUUCUGUUUCGGAGUGCAGUUUGUGGGAGUGUUAUUGCGACAGAGUUGGUGUAAUAAACUUGGAACCGCGAUGAGCAACCUCGAAAAUACCCUUCAAAUCGAAAUAAAGCUGGAAAAGGAGAAAACAAAUCAAGCCCUGCUCAAGGACCAUGUCGAGAAAUAUUCCGAGUUGACGCAAUCCAUGUCCAAGAUACUGAACUCGUUCGAACAGCGGCUUGGUAAGCUUGAGCAGACUAUUCUGCCGGUGUACAACAUUACCAAAAACCUCCAGAAACAGCAGCAAAAUCUCGACAGUACCCUACAAUGCAUGGAGGAAGUCCUUUCGCAUUACGACGCAUCGCAGGAUGUUUGCAACUUGAUACAUCAAGGACCGUCGGAGGGCAACAUCAGCACAUUCCUGGACGGAUUGAACAAACUAAAAAAGGCAAAAGACUACUUCCUCAACAACAAUCCGCAGAGUGUUGAGCUUGAGAACGUAACGAGCCUGUUCAACAAUGGCUGCGAAACGCUCAACAAUCAUUUUAAAUCGCUUUUAAAGAAGCACAGCACUCCGCUGAAACCGGUCGAUCUGCUGGACAUGAUCUACAUCGAGGAAGACUCGUCUAACGAGGAUUGCCCUUCGAUAAAACAACUGCCACCGAAUACGCGGGAAGAGCUGAACGUGAUAGCGCAGUGGUUAGACAACAAUUUGCGUCGAGAGUACGUGCAAAUAUUUGGCGACGAGCGUUCGGAUGUGAUAGUGAGAUCAUUGCAAAAUCUAAAAGAUCACCAAAAGAGUGGCAGCUGGGGUAAUGAACCGCUGAAAGUGCGACACUCGUAUGGACGCCCUGACGCUGGUAUUAAGAAGACCACGUCCGCCCGUUUGCAGCAGAUUUUCGAACGGAAAGCCAACAAAAUGCUGAUGAAAGCAUCGCAAACGCUCGGUCAAUCAGCUGGACUCGCCAUGCGCAAGAACUCCUCUUUCGGUGAUAUCCUGGCAGCGGAGGAGUAUGGCAAUGAUAAUGAUCAGGAGUUGGAGAAGUACCUUGUGCUGCUGCUUGGUCUCCAGAAGUUGCUGGUCUGGGAACGUCAGCUGCUGAACGACAUAAUUCCACCGUCGCGCCACAACGAGGUUUUCUCGCGCCUCUCGCAGCCCUCAAUCGAGAUGGUGGUGAGGGAUGCGGAGCAGAUAACGUCGAAAGUGCUGCGUAGCAUUUCACGCAAGGAAUGGUCCGCGGCGCUCGGAAUAUUCUCAGCGCUUAAGCACGUUCAGAUUUUGCAGCCCGAUAUCGAUCGCAUCUGUGAUGCGACGCAAAAACAACAGUUAUCGGGAGUGUUGAACCGUCUGCAGCAAACGGCUUCAAAGGGUUUGGAGCAGUUUAUUGAAUCAGUACGGAACGAUGCUGGUGGCGGUAUGGUUAGCAUGACCUCUAGCACCAUCAGCUACGGUGGUGGUUCGAGUGUUCCGCGCGAUGCAACCGUUUACGAGCUGACAUCGAAUACCAUCUGGUUUUUGGAGCAGCUUCAGGAGCAUUGCGACACCAUUGGAGGCCUGCUGCAGACGGAAGCCACGUAUACGAAUGAUCUCGACCGUAUCGCAUCGCAUAAGGCGUUGACGGUGGAGCAGAAAAACAAAGCCCUCCUCGGAAUCUACGUUCGCAAGGUGCUGGCCGAACUAAACUACACCAUUGCAACAAAAUCCGAGCAGUAUGGUGACCAUGCUACGAAGCAGCUGUUUAAGCUCAACAAUACGCACUACAUUUUGAAAUCAUUACAACGCUCGAGUCUAAUCGAUAUCGUUGCGCUAACCGAGCAUGAUUGUGAACGCCGUUAUCAAAAGAUGAUACAGGACCUAAAGAAGGCGUAUCUGGGUUCGUGGGCGAAGCUCUUGUCCUACAUUUCACCCUUGGACGACAUGCCGCGGCCCAUCAAUGGGAAAGUGAAGGAUAAGGAGCGCGCCACCAUCAAGGAACGGUUCUCCAACUUUAACAAGGAGCUAGAAGACGCGGUUAAGACACAGCGAGCCAUUUCCGUGCCCGAUGUGCUGCUGCGGGAAGGUAUCAAACGGGACAACACGGAGCACAUCGUACCGCAGUACAAUACUUUCUUCGAAGUCUACUCUGAUGUGCAGUUCAGCAAAAACCCUGAAAAGUAUGUAAAACAUCGGCCCUCCGAUGUCACAACUAUGCUGAACAGCUUCUUCGAUGACACCAUCUAACGGCGGAAACGGAGUUAAAAAUAAAAUAUCCC